UCCUGCUGGAGUCUGUACUGUGAGGACGGAUUAUAACCAACCCUAAUGCUCCUGAAGAUGACAGGCUGCCCCGAAGCAUUAAUAGCCCACAGUAAUAGCCCGGUUCACCUCAAACUGGCAUGAAAUAGACUCUUUCAACAGAAAUGUGAUGCUCCUCAGCAGAAGCUGAUCAGAUCUCUGUGCGCACUGAGCGCAGAGGGGGUGACGCGUUCAGGUAACAGGUGGUACUUUUUGUCUCUUCUUGGAACUUGUUAUCCUUUUUUUUUUUUUUUAUAUAUCAUCACUGGAGGUAUGUGUGUUUUGAACGCAACACGAAGCUCUCGGAUUGUGGAAGAAAAAUCCACUGCGGGGGUAAAACUUGAGAGAGCCGCGGCUUUUUAAAAACUUCCCACGUAUGAAAUGAGUUGCACGGUUGUUUUAUCCAGUGCGGCCAAACUCCUCCAGGUCAAGGACAGAGUUCGAUGAAUGGACCGCAGGAUGUUUUCUGGUCAGGGUGCUCUGAAUUACAGCUUCAACCAGAGCGAUGACCGGGAGCCGGGCGGCGCGUCUGCGGGCGCGGCGAAGCUCUCCCCGGCGGGCUUCGUCGUGCUCUCCGUCUUCCUGGGCUUCAUCAUGAUUUUCGGCUUCCUGAACAACUUCGUAGUGCUGCUGCUGUUCUGCAAAUUCAAGAAGCUGCGCACGCCGGUGAACAUGCUGCUGCUGAACAUCAGCGUCAGCGACAUGCUGGUGUGUUUGUUUGGCACCACGCUCAGCUUCGCCUCCAGCAUCCGGGGAAAGUGGCUGCUGGGGCGCGGCGGCUGCAGCUGGUACGGCUUCAUCAACUCCUGCUUCGGUAUUGUAUCCCUGAUCUCGCUGGUGAUCCUCUCCUACGACCGCUACAGCACGCUGACUGUUUACAACAAACGAGGACCAGACUACCGGAAGCCCCUGCUUGCUGUUGGGGGCUCUUGGCUUUACUCCUUAUUUUGGACAGUGCCCCCCCUGAUUGGCUGGAGCAGCUACGACUUAGAGGGGGCAGGAACAAGCUGCUCCGUCUCCUGGACGGCUAAGACCGCUCAGUCACAUGCCUACAUCAUCUGCCUGUUCAUCUUCUGCUUGGGUCUGCCCGUCCUCGUGAUGAUCUACUGCUACAGCCGCCUGCUCUGGGCAGUGAAACAGGUAGAGUCGCGCCAGGUUGGGAAGGUCCGAAAGACGGCAGCCAGAAGGAGAGAGUACCACAUACUGUUCAUGGUCCUGACCACAGCAGCCUGUUACCUGUUGUGCUGGAUGCCGUACGGUGUCGUAGCCAUGAUGGCCACGUUUGGCCCACCCAACACCAUCAGCCCCGUUGCCAGUGUCGUCCCCUCACUUCUGGCCAAGAGCAGUACCGUCAUCAACCCUCUCAUCUACAUCCUGAUGAAUAAACAAUUCUACAGGUGUUUCCUGAUUCUGUUCCACUGCUCUCACUGGUCGUCGGAAAACGGCAACACUUCAAUGCCCUCCAAGACUACAGUGAUCCCUCUGAACCGCAGAGUCUACAGCAACACAGUGGCGCAGAUCUCCACAGAUGCUCUCAACUAGUCUUACUCCAACCGUUCACCCUCCCCUCAACGUCGUGACCCGAGCCCGACAGUCCCAAACAGCAUUGCUCCCAAUCCUUCCGCAUCAACACGCCAUGUUGACAGUUUCCCAGAUUCCAAAAAAAA